UCACGUCUGUGGCGGAGGAACCCGCAAGCAGGCGGCGACACCAGCGACGGGAACAGACGAAGGGUGUUGCCAUGAUGACAGUGGCGGAGGAUAGCAAGGUGCAGGUGGUGGUGCGGGUGCGGCCCUCCACCCCUCGGGAGCUCGAGAGUCAGCGGCGUCCUGUGAUUCAGGUGGUAGAUGAGCGGGUACUGGUAUUUGACCCUGAGGAGCCUGAUGGAGGAUUUCCUGGUCUGAAAUUGGGUGGCCCCCAUGAUGGUGGUCCCCCUAGAAAGAAGGGCAAAGACCUGACAUUUGUCUUCGACCGAGUCUUUGGUGAGAUGGCUACCCAACAAGACGUGUUCCAACAUACCACCCACAGCAUCCUGGAUAGCUUCCUUCAGGGCUACAACUGCUCAGUGUUUGCCUAUGGAGCCACCGGGGCUGGGAAAACACACACCAUGCUGGGAAAGGAGGGGGAUCCUGGCAUCAUGUACUUGACCACCAUGGAACUGUACAGGCGUCUUGAAGCCCUCAAAGAGGAGAAGCGAUUCGAGGUGCUCAUCAGCUACCUGGAGGUGUACAAUGAGCAGAUCCGUGACCUCCUGGAGCCCAAGGGAUCCCUUGCCAUCCGUGAGGACCCUGACAAAGGCGUAGUGGUGCAAGGACUUUCUUUCCACCAGCCAGCCUCAGCUGAGCAGCUGUUGGAGAUGCUGACCAGGGGCAAUCGCAGCCGUACACAGCACCCUACUGAUGCCAAUGCUACAUCCUCCCGCUCCCAUGCCAUCUUCCAGAUCUUCGUGAAACAGCAGGACCGGGUACCAGGCCUGACUCAAGCCCUUAAGAUGGCUAAGAUGAGCCUGAUCGACUUGGCUGGCUCAGAGCGGGCAUCCACCACCCAUGCCACGGGGCAGCGACUACGGGAAGGUGCCAAUAUCAACCGCUCUCUGCUGGCUCUCAUCAAUGUCCUCAAUGCCCUGGCUGAUGCAAAGGGCCGAAAGUCUCAUGUGCCCUACCGGGACAGCAAACUGACCCGCCUGCUCAAAGACUCCAUCGGGGGCAACUGCCACACAGUAAUGAUUGCUGCCAUCAGCCCCUCCAGCCUGACUUAUGAGGACACUUACAACACCCUCAAAUAUGCUGACCGGGCCAAGGAGAUCAGACUUUCGCUGAAGAGCAACGUGAUCAGCUUGGACUGUCAUAUUAGCCAGUAUGCCACCAUCUGCCAGCAGCUCCAGGCUGAGGUGGCUGCCCUGAGGAAGAAGCUCCAGGUGUAUGAGGCAAACGCUCAGGCCACACAGCAGGACCUCUCACAGUCCCACAAAUUGAGCCCGCCACAACGCUCCUCCUUACUGCCCCAGCCUCCUAACCAGCCCUGCACCUCAGAACUCCACACCGAGUCUGGAGCCUUUCAAGAGGGGAGCCUUGGGACACAGGGCCAGGAACAGAGGAAUGUGGAAGGAAACUCCCCAGAGCAGCAACAGCUCCUACAGAACAAGGACAAAAACCCCAGUGAGAAAGUAUGUCUUGAGGACGUGAGGCCUGGGCCCCAGGUUCCAACCCAGAUGCCAGAGCUAAACCUCAUGCAUCCACUACCAGAGUCCCCUGGUCUGAUCGUGCAUCCGGAGCCAGUUGCAAACCACCUUUCACCACAGAAAUUGGACAUGGAUCAAUCUAAGCAGUUGACCUUACGAGUACUGUGCUUGGCCCAUCGUCAAUACUCCCUGCUCCAGGCAGCCAAUCUCCUGACCCCAGACAUGAUUACAGAGUUUGAGACCCUGCAGCAGCUGGUGCAGGAGGAGAAAACUGAGCCUGGAACUGAGGCCUCCAGCAAUACUGCUUGCCUACCCAGAGAGGCCCCUCUGGCUCAGGAGCGGUGUUUAGAGUCAAAGUCUCCAGAGUACUGUGGCCCUGUGACCCGGACCAUGGCAAAGCAACUGCACACUAUGGGGAUCCCCUCUGGGCCUGACUGCAGCCCAGCCAAGGAAGCCCGACAGCCCGCAGAGAAGAAGAGGAGGAGGAGACUGAGUCCCACAGAGCCAGACUGUCCUCUGGUCCCAAAGCAGACCAAACGCCAGCACCAGUCCUUUCUCCCCUGCCUGAGGAGGGGGUCUCUGCCUAAGGCUCAGCCUUCAUUUGAGCCCAGCACCCCAAAAGGGAAAAGACCCUUUUCUCCCUGCCAUUCCCCUCGCUUCUGCCCAGCUACAGUCAUCAAAAGCAGGGUUCCCCUGGGCCCUUCUGCUAUGCAGAACUGCUCCACCCCUCUGGCCCUACCUGCUCGUGACCUUAACACCACCUUUGAUCUCUCAGAGGAGCCCCUCUCAGCCCUCAGUUGUCAUGAAUUUGGCUGGGAGAAAGUCCCCCAGGAGUUGAACAGGCCGGACCAGCCCUUCAUCCCCAGCGCACCUGUGCUGUUCACCAGGAAGGCCUCCAAGCUGCCAUCUUCCUUCCCUGGCACCACCUCCUGCAAGAAGAAGCGCACCAUGAGUUCCUCAGUCUCCCGGGGCCGAAGUCGCAUUGCUCGCCUCCCCUGUAGCACCUUGAAGACAUCAGCUGGGCCUCUUAAAAUCCCAGAACCACCCUUGAGUCCCCGCUGCCUUGGUGACCAGAGAAUACAGGAGGAACUAAUCAGGGUCAGGGGAGUGCUAUCAACUGGGAGCUGUGUCACCAUGGUGUCCUGACUGCCAGAGGUGUCCUGAUCUGUCAGCCCAUCUAAGCUAGCCACCCCUCCUUGGUCUCUGGAGCCACUGGAGCAAUUAAUGCCAAGAUUCCUUUCCUGUUUUAACACCCCUCCCCAACCAUUCAUACUCUCUGCCCUCUAUUAAUCUCAGUUAUGCUCAGCUUCUCAGUGUGUACAUAUUUGUUUUUGAGUGUUAACAUACAGCUGUUCUAAAGGAUGCUGCCCCAAGGACAUAGGGAGCUCUUGACUGUUUUCUAUGCCUGAUGUCUAACAGUAAACUCUGCCCACUGAUGGCCUCUGCCCAGUAGAGGAGGGUUAAGGACAGGAAGGGGGCUCGCUGGGGAGUCCCCACUUGACUCUUCAGGUUCUGAGAGAGGCGUCUUCAGCCCCUUAUCCCCAGCCUGAGGUAGGAACUUUACUCUGGCCCCUGCUCUGGUGAUGAUGUAGCUCCUUUGCAAAGGAAGCCAACAUUAUUAUCUUGAGCCAUUGUACACAAGACACUCAAAGUAUAAGAUGAUAUAAGAAGAAAGGAAAGUGCAGCCUUAAUGCUACCACCUAGGUAUAGAUGCUAAAUACUGGGACUUAUACAUCCCUCUGAUCCUUGAUUCCUGAACAAACGGGUAUUAUAAACACAUGUAGAUAAGAGGUUUUUUGUUGUUUUU